UGAUUAAAAAGUCCGAAACUUUGCUCUGAAAGUAUCGAUCAGAUUUAUACUACAGUUGCUUCGUAUUUAAACCGCCCGGGGUUUAUUUCAGAGCUUUACUUAUAGUAUUUGGACUUUUUACUUUUGAUUUGUCGAUGUGUUCUCGUGACAAAGUUGUCUUUACGUGUGCGUAGAUCUGCAGGCGUCUCCUCAGCAAACUCAGACAAGUCUGUCACACACUGGCACCAAGUAGCCCACUUUCCUUAAUAUUCUCGGCACAAUCAAGUUAGCAGAGCACUGAUAACAUCAACAAACACCUCGUUGUUGCAGCUGAGAUGAUCCACAGUCUGUUCCUGAUUAAUCACUCUGGAGACAUCUUCCUGGAGAAACACUGGAAGAGUGUCAUCAGCCGGAGUGUGUGUGAUUACUUUUUCGAGGCGAAGGAGAAGGCGGUGGACCCGGAGGAUGUGCCCCCCGUCCUGCAGACCCCGCACCACUAUCUUAUCACCAUUUACAGGGGAAAGCUCUUCUUCCUCUCUGUCAUCCAGACUGAAGUCCCUCCACUGUUUGUCAUUGAGUUCCUGCACAAAGUUGCAGACACUUUUCAGGACUACUUUGGAGAGUGCUCAGAAAGUGUAAUCAGUGAGAAUGUGGUGACAGUGUACGAGCUGUUGGAGGAGAUGCUGGACAACGGCUUUCCACUAGCAACGGAGUCGAACGUCCUCAAAGAGAUGAUCAGGCCUCCCACCAUCCUGCGAUCAGUUGUCAACACGCUCACAGGAGGAAGUAAUGUUGGAGAUAAAUUACCAACAGGUCAACUGUCCAGUAUCCCAUGGAGGCGGGCUGGAGUUAAAUACACCAAUAAUGAGGCAUAUUUUGAUGUGAUAGAGGAAAUAGAUGCCAUUGUGGACAAAUCAGGUACGACAGUAUUUGCAGAGAUCCAGGGUGUAAUUGAAGCCUGUGUGAGGCUCACUGGGAUGCCUGACCUGACUCUGUCCUUUAUGAAUCCUCGUCUUCUCGAUGACGUGAGUUUCCACCCGUGUGUGCGAUUUAAGCGCUGGGAGUCGGAGCGCGCUCUCUCUUUCAUCCCGCCAGAUGGAAACUUCACUCUCAUGAACUAUCAUGUCAGCUCUCAAAAUCUCGUGGCCAUUCCAGUGUACGUGAAGCAGAGCAUCAGUUUCUUUGAGUCUGGACCUUGUGGUCGCCUGGACAUCACGAUUGGACCCAAACAGACCAUGGGGAAGACGGUGGAGGCCUUAAUGGUCAAAAUCCACAUGCCCAAAGCUGUGCUCAGUGUCAACCUCACAGCCACACAGGGAAACUACACUUACGACCUCCCUACCAAGGUGGUGGUUUGGGACAUUGGGAAACUGAACCCCCAGAAGCUUCCUAACUUGAAAGGCAGUCUGAGUCUGCAGGCAGGAGCCCCCAAACCUGAAGAUAACCCAUCAAUCAACAUUGACUUGAAGAUUCAGCAGGUGGCCAUAUCAGGUCUGAAGGUGAACCGUCUCGACAUGUUUGGAGAGAAGUACAAGCCGUUUAAAGGGGUCAAGUAUGUGACUAAAGCGGGGAAAUUCCAAGUGCGGACCUGAGGAAUGACUGUUGGAGGUCGAAGAUCAGCAAUGCAAUGUGCCAAAUAGGGGACAAGGUUAUCAAUACUCCAAUAUGUCUUACAGACCCUCUGUCUCAAUGUUAUUAAUUAACAGUUAUUUAUUAUGUGUCCUGUAAAGGGAAGCCUUAAUAAUCAAUGUGACCAUGUGGAAGUGCUUAUAGUUUCUGUCCAGUUUCAAUGUGCUGCAUUGUGUGAACCAUUCCUGCUUUCUUUUUGGACUAUUUCUGUUUUCUGUUUUAACACUUUCAGAGUGUUGCCUAAGGGGAAUAUUUUCGGUUUGAAAAGGGACACUCACGGCUCACCGCCUCCUCCUCACUACUUCAACACACCUUUACAAUCUUACUUGCAUGUUUCCUGAGAGUAAGCAGCCAUGCCUUUUGAAAACCUUUUUACUGAGUUGCUUAGUAUCCGCAGUGUGUAUUGAGGCACUGUCUUUAGUGUUUUUGCACACAUUCAAUCUUUAAUGUGGCCUUCGUUAAGGUGCUUUCUAAAGCACACUACAGCACAAACUUAAUGUUAUGGAGGCCUAAGGAGAGGUACAUUUUUCAAAAUAUAUCUAUAUCUAAGGUACAUAGUUUGACUUAGAAAGUACAACUAUCUGCAGGGUCGAGAUACAAGUUAGUGAUUCUAGUAGUCGGUUGGGAAAAGUUUUCUCUUUGGUGAAAUCUACAAAAUCCUCACUUAAUCUUGAAUGCAACUUCUUCAUUCAGCACAAGAUUUGCACAAUCAAUUGUUCACAGAAAAAAAAAAUACUACUUGUAUGAAGUUGAAUAUGUAUUUCAGUGUAUAUGAAGUUUUAUAAAAGCUUUCA